AAAAGGUGUAUCUGUGGGCCAGUCUUGUAUUGUAGUUUACAGACCCGUUCUGUUUUAGUUGCUUUUAGUUAUAUCCCAUCUACUGCAAACAUUUUGCCGUGGUGGUAGUUGAUAGAGCGAGGAAAGUACUAUCAUUAAUCAAUAAUCAGUCGCAAGUGAAUCUCAGUACGAAGUGGACAUCGGUCGUUCAUCGUGUGAGUGAAUAAUUCCGUUGGCAACAAUUUAACUAUAUAUUGAACAGCUUGCUAGCCAAGUGGUAAAGCACAACGAUCGAAGUAACAGUUGCGUAAGAAUGGUGAUCAAUUUUGGAGCUGGUCCGGCCAAACUGCCUCGUGAUGUUCUGCUGGAGGUACAGAAGACCCUGGUCGACUACGGAACCACCGGAAUGAGCGUAAUGGAAAUGUCUCAUCGUGGAACUGACUAUGUGAGCCUACACAAUGAAACUAUUGAACUGGCGCGAGAAUUACUUAAAGUUCCAGAAAAUUAUAAAGUGCUGUUGAUGCAGGGGGGAGGAACGGGACUGUUCGCCGCUGUCGCUAUGAAUCUAAUUGGACGCACUGGAAGCGCCGACUAUCUGGUUACCGGAUCAUGGUCAGCUAAGGCCGCUAAGGAGGCAGCAAAAUAUGGCAAAGUCAAUCAGGUUGCUUCAAAACCUGUCAAAUUCACAAGUAUUCCCAGGCAAAACGAUUUGAAACUGGAUCCUAACGCCUCUUAUUUGUACUACUGCGAUAAUGAAACCAUCGAGGGUGUGGAAUUUGACUAUGUUCCGGAAACCAACGGAGUACCACUGGUUGUGGACAUGUCAUCCAACAUAAUGUCCCGAACGGUUGACAUUAAAAAGUUUGGAGUGAUCUUCGCAUGUGCUCAGAAGAAUAUCGGUCCGGCUGGUAUAACGUUAGUUAUAGCUCGGGAAGAUCUGAUCGGUCAUCAACUGACCAUAACCCCAACUAUCUUGGACUUCUCAAUUAUCGCGAAAGAUAAUUCUAUCAAUAAUACUCCCCCGACAUUUAUCAUUUAUGUGGUGGGUCGCGUUUUUGCUUGGAUAAAGCGUCACGGUGGCUUGGAUAAAAUGUACCAAGCAUCGGUUGUGAAAUCCAACCUAAUUUACGAAGCGAUUUCCGCUUCCAAUGAUUACUACAGUUGCCCCGUGGAAAGUAAUGUUCGCAGUCGAAUGAAUGUUCCCUUCCGUAUUGGCGGUCCCGGUGGCAAUGAAACCCUGGAGAAAGAAUUCCUCAAAGGAGCCGAAGCACUAGGAAUGGAACAGCUUAAAGGCCACCGCUCCGUCGGAGGUAUCCGCGCUUCCCUAUACAACGCGGUUUCCAUCGAAGAAGCCGAUACACUCAGCAAAUACAUGGUAGAAUUCCAAGCAAAACAUACUCAAUAAAAAUCAGUUCUAGUAGUACUAAUAUGAAA